CCAGUUUGGCUCGGGCCUCGAGCACAGCGGCGUUUCGGCUGGCCACGCGCGGGGGCGCGCGCGCGAACGAGAGCGUUCGCCCGGAGGGCGCGGAGCCUCAUGGUGGGCAGGGCGACUCUGUCGCCCAAAAUCCCCUCGGCGGGCGUCUUCCCGAUGACCUCGGCGGCCUCGGGGCAGCUGGGCAAGCUGCAGUUCCGCACGACGAACAUGUCGGAGAUGCCCUGGCGCGUGGCCUCCCAGGACGACGCGGCGGAGAACUUCCUGUGCAUCUACGACAUGGGGAAGCGCGCGAGCAAGCACAUGGACCGGCAGAGGAGCAGCGCGCCCUUGCUGAGCGCAGCGGCCUGCACGACCAGGUCGUGCUUCGUGCCGCACUCGCUCGACUUCUGCGAGGGCGACCGCGCGGAGGCCGCUUGGGUCAAGGCCAGGGCGUGCGGGUCCGUGGCCGCGGCGGGCGCCUCACCCUCUCCCCGGUCGACGAUGCAGUCCGUCUACGGCUCGGCAUUCGCCCCGCGCACCGAGCACGAGCUGAGGUCCUCGAAGGGGAAGUCUGCCAAGCCGCGGGAGCGCACCAGCCCGCUGGCCACGCUGGACGAGCUCAUGGAGACGCGCUCGCACGCGCAGGCGUCGUACUUGCAGCAGGCGCCCCGCCCGUCGGUGCCCUGGCACUCGCCCACCACGCUGGGGCCCGUGGCCCGUGGGCCCUGGCAGGGCGAGGCCGAGUGCUCGAUCUACCGGAAGGAGUUCGGCCGGCCGACCUUGCAGCGGCCCCAGUCCACGCCGCUGCUGAGCUCGAGGGGCAGCUCCCUGCCCUGGUACAAGACGCCCGCGGAGGCCGUGGCGCGCCGGGAGAGCACCCGCAGGGCGGAGGGUCUGCAGCUGCGGCAGGUGUUCCGGGAGAGCACGAGCGAGCCCAGCGGAGCCGCCUCCGUGGCGUCCGAGGGCGGUGGGGUCCGCCCAGCGUCCCAGGCCACUCCGCUGUCGGCGCAGGAGCGUCGGCGGCGCCGCUGCGUCGUUGCGGCAGGGUCGCCGUGA